AUGGAUGAUAGGUAUAGAGAUGGCGGGUAUAAGCCAACAAAAGAGAAAUUUGAAGAAUACAAAGGAAAAAGUAUUCUUGACCCAGAAGUAGCUCAUAAAUAUUGCUAUGACAUAGUCAGAAAGCAUGAUUUCUACACACAUUCAGUGGGCAAACAUUUCCCUGUCUCAAGACAGAAAUAUUUCUAUGCUAUUCAUGCAUUCUUUUUAGAAAUUUUGAAGUCUAGAGAAGCAUCUAGGCAGAUGAUGGUCUGCAAAACUAGACUUUUGUGGUGGAGCGAGACUUUAAACGACAUAGAAAAUAAUAAAAAAAUUCAAGAACCUAUAGGUAUUGCCUUGUCAGAGGUGUACAAAAAUACAAAUGCUAACUUCGACCUUCUCCAUAGAAUGAUCAGCUAUCAGCUUUUUGACCUUGAAAGAAGCGAUAUGCAGUCGAUGAAUGAUUUAACUAAUUAUGCAGAAAAUACAAGGAGUCUUACCUUCUAUCUUUUCUUGCAUAUUCUUGGGAUAAAUGACAAAAAUGCCUAUAAAGCUGCUUCUCACAUGGGAAGAUGUAUGGGAAUCAUUGAUGUCUUAAAGAAAAUGCAGUACUUUUUGAUCAACCACAGAUCCUAUCUCCCUUCUGAUAUUUUGCUAAAGCAUAAUCUCUUCUUUGACAGGAUAUACAAUCCCAGAGUUGAAGGGCUAGUUGCAGAUCAAUUCUAUGAUGUAGUACUUGAGAUAGCAGCCCAUGCAAAGAAGCACCUAGAAGUAUCGAGGACUUUCAAAGACAAAUUGCCUAAACAUGCACAUAGGGCCCUCCUUUUUGGAGUUGAGGCUGAAUCAUAUCUCACAGAAUUAGAAGAUUAUAACUUUGACAUUUUUGAUGAUCAUUUCAGGAGGAUUUCAUACAUCAAAAUGCCAUAUAGGAUAUUAAAGGCUUCUAAAAAUGAGAGUUAUUAA